GUAAAACACCCACCUGGAUAACAGCGAGCGCAGAAAAUGGGAGAUACGGAUGUACAGAUCGUCGAUGUUAGACGUUCCCAUUCAGACUACAUCAAAGGCCAGGUUACCUACCAAACAAAACUGGGUAUAGGCGACCCUCUGGCCGUCGUAGAUAUUGACGAGGUGGUGGAGAGAUACAGAAAAUGGUUCAAGCUGUUUCCUAGGGUGGAGCUAUUCUAUGCUUUGAAGUGCAACAAUGAUAAAAAGAUCAUCGAUGUCCUUGUAAAACUAGGAAGCAGUUUUGACUGUGCGAGCAAGGUUGAGAUACAACAGGUAUUAGAGCUUGGAGUUGAUUCGUCUCGCAUCAUCUACGCCAAUCCCUGUAAACAAAACUCACAUCUUACUUACGCCAAGGAGCACAAUGUAGAUCUGAUGACGUUUGACAAUGAGGAGGAAUUGAUCAAGAUCAAGAUGUUGUAUGGAUCAGCAAGAUUACUUAUGCGGUUCCGACCAAAACAAACGUAUGAAGUGAUGUACGACCUGGGCAAGAAGUUUGGUUGUGUCUUUGAAGAGGCGGUGGAUUUGUUUAUAUCGGCAAAGAACAAAGGCUUGAAAGUUAUUGGUGUGAGUUUCCAUGUAGGAAGUAACUGUCUCAGUUCCGACGCAUUUGCCUCCGCAAUCAAAGAAGCCCGGAUGAUAUUUGACGUAGGACUACAGGUCGGAUUUGAUAUGAACAUGCUUGACAUUGGAGGUGGAUACCGGGGCAGAGAUGUUGAGCAUCCGACUAUAGAAGAGAAUGCAGACAUCAUAAACCAGUGUCUAGAUGAAUAUUUCCCUGAAGCAGAAAGAGUGACAAUAAUCGCUGAGCCAGGACGUUACCUUGUAGAAACUGCUGUCAGUGCUGCAGCCAAUAUCAUAGGCCGAAAGCUUAUCUAUGAUAAUGAUAAAACAAGUCUGGAACAUGUUAUGUACAGCAUCAACGAUGGAGUAUAUGGAACCUUUCCUUGGGUAAAAGAAGUCACGGAUGCGUUUGUUAUAUCACCUGUUCUGAGGAAGGCGAGGAAAGAAAAACAAAACAGCACUGUAUGGGGUCCAACAUGUUGCUCCUUGGAUUGCUUAGCUACAGACAUCAUUUUACCAUUGAUGGAGGUCGGGGAAUGGGUACACAUUAGCUACUCAGGAGCCUACUCCUUCUGUCUCUCGACCAACUUUAACAGCAUGCCACGCCCAAAGCUGUAUUACUUCUGUUCACGUGACACUUGGGAGUCUGUUAACCUGUUGAUGAAUCAUGGUAGACCAACUAUGACAGCUGACAUCUUAUAAAAAAAAAGGUACACUUGACCAAUGGAUGGCAAUGGUGCAUGCGGGUUUUCUUGGACGACAUUUGCACCAUUUACAGGGCCCUUCACGUUUAUUUCAAAAGGACAACAUCGUGAACUAACAAUGUACACAAAAUGCUGGACAAACCACAAAUCUAAUGUACCCUAUUAUGACUAGGUUUUAAUAUUUGAGAAAAUUAUCUUCUUUCUUUUUUCGUUGAUUAAUAGAAUGAACAUAGUUGAUAUAAAGGUAAUACAUCACAUUCAUCAAUUCAUGAAUAUGUUUAUCAACAUGUAAGUUUCAUAAAUAUUCGGUUUCAGUUUGUUGUACACUCAUACGUGGUCUGAGUUGACGAAUGUAAAAUUCACCACAUUCAAAAUAAAUU